CCCCACCCGCGUCCAGGCUCACCUAUGUUCCCUAUCCCGCAGCACAUCUCUCUAUCUUCUUUCUCCCGCUCACUGACGGCGCUCGUGAAGGGCAACCAGCGGGGUCGUACACUGACCUAGCGUCGGCGUCCGUUGUCGGUCCACAGACCGGUAUUUGCCGCUACAGCGAGAUCGGGGAAUUUCAGCGCGUCUGGGGGUAUCCGCACGCGUUAUUAGACACCGGCGCAGAGCAGUACGGACGAGCGCAUUGCUUGCAUACACCGAUGAGGUAACAGCUGAAGCUCCACGCAGCCGACUGCUCCUCUCCACUUACUAUUACUACACGCGGCAUCUGUAAGCACCGGCGGUCGCCAUGGAUCUCGCGCGCUCUGACAACAGCGUCGACGACGACUGGCUGAACAGCUACCUGGACGACGAGUACCCGGUGCUGAACGACCGCAUGAUCACGGACGCUUGCAAGCCGAUCGGCAAGGUGCUGCGGGAGAACGAACCGGAACACAACUACUCGCUGUCCUGUCGGACGUCCUUCAACAAUGACUCGGACUUCAUGUCCGACGACGGAUCAGUUGACGAUCUGGAUUCAGAUAUGCCAUCGUUUUUCAUUUCGUCGGAUGUCGUGAAAAAUGCCGUUCAACAGCAGACGCCACAUAUUUACAUAAAAUCCGAAUCAGGUCUUAACACACAGCAGCCAAAAUUUAUUGUUACAACCAGCCAAUCGCUAGGAGUGAAACACCCAGAUAGAUUAGUUCUACCAAAGUUCAUCAAAGUCGAGCGUUUAGGGACAGUAGAUGGAACUGCAAAAACAGGGUUUACGGGGAGUCCGCCAACGCCACCAGCAAGUAGCUCGAGCAGUGACAGUGAUGGCAGCAGCAGUCCCCUGCACUCAUGCUCUCUUAGCAGUCCCAUCAAGCAGGAGACUGUCACUAACAGCAGCAUCCGCAUGCAGGCCAUCACCAACGCCGUCAUCACAGAUCUCUCUAAACUUCCUCAAUCUGGUCCAUUAUUGCUGUCCGAGGAAGAAAAGAGAACACUUAUGCAAGAAGGUUACCCUGUGCCUAUCAAACUGCCUCUAACGAAGUCAGAGGAGAAGGUGCUUAAAAAAAUCCGAAGGAAAAUAAAGAACAAGAUUUCUGCGCAAGAGAGUCGCCGAAAGAAGAAGGAAUACGUCGAUGCUUUAGAGAAGAUGUGUGAGAAUUUCUCCGGUGAAAACAUGGAUCUGCGAAAGAAGUUGGAAUCAUUACAAAACAGCAACAAAUCCAUGUCAUUACAGCUACAGAAGCUGCAAGCAUUAACAGGAAAGCUGACACAGGAUGUGUCAAUUCAGACGGCUGGCACAUCACUGUUGAACUCGCCGAAGAACUAGUUCUCAAUGAAAUACACGUAGCUGUCGCCCUUCUAAGAUUUCUGAGGCUGUGGCGAAAGACAAUGGGAGAGCAUCGUCGAUUGUCGAGCGAUACUCACCAAGUGAACAGUGGAAGACGCUCCGAGUACGCUGUGGUAACUGUCUGUCGCAGAUGGAAGACGUGACAGGGAUAGUGGCAAGACUGCGAGUCUGCGAGAGUUUGGACAUUUAGGCAAUAUACUGCAAUAGUGUCGUAGCUGGGCUCAUCAGCAUUUGGGCGUCAAUAUCUAUCGAGCUCCAGGUUCUUUCUUCGUUGCAGUCAUACGUAAUGGUUCUGGUAAAGUAUCUGGUAGGGUCGACCUAUUUGGCUUAGACCAAACUAAGCUGCCGUGUGUCAGUGUAUUUGUCGUUUGUCUGCGUUAUAUAUAUAUAUAUAUGUAUGAAGGAUACAUAUAUUUUGGCAGUGUUGGUAGAACACAUUGGUUAAAUACUCAACGCAUUAGUUGUGCUGGGUUGCAUGCACUGUUGAGAAAAAAACACGAAAGUUGUUUUUAGUGUUCAUCAACGAGGAGCUAAUUUCGUUUGCUAUGUACAUUGUUAUUGUUCUAGAACGUUCCGUUAAAGUUAAGUAAGGGUAAAAUUUAAUUUAUGGCCUAAAUAAAUUGUGAAUACCCUAUUUCAGCGUUGCCUCUCUUCGGAACUUUGAUGGAAGGAAUUCAUACGAUGCAAAGAGGGGCGAUGAUUUUAAUUAUUUCUUGUGUAACUAGUUCUUUGUGUCAUGGAUUGUCCCAAAGUGCUCUAAAAUAUGUGGGAUUGCUAGUGGACACAGAGCACAUGUCCAUUAUACAGUGGAUGCGUUUAGAAAGUAAAGUGUGACUGGUACGCAUUAGAAACAAGAACAUCGUUACUGUUUUACAAUGGUGCUCUUAUUGUUUCUAAAACAUGACAUGCGUGAAAUGAUGUAGUAGCUUGGUAAUGGGGUCUCAACUGUGAUGGGUGAACACUCGUUACUAUAUAGUGAUAUAAUAUUCCAAGGUGUGAAUUCUUUGGUCUUCAUAUGAUCAGGUGUGCAGGAUUAUUAUAGAUCCCUAUGCUAUGCUAUCGACAUGUGCUUACGAGAACAUGUUCACGGGUGUGUGUUCUCUGCUGUCAUUUGACAAUAAUCUCCAUCCACUGUACACGCCUCUUAUAUGUAAAAAAUGGUGCCGCGCGUUUGAUUUUGUUUUGAUUUCCAUUGCAUGUUAUGAGAUGUUAUCAAAUUAUUAUCCCUGGAAGAGGUGCAAUAAUUAAUGGACGGAAACACAGCGUUACCGUAACUAAUCGUACGGUCUGUCCUAUUAGGCUGCACACGCAGGUGUCAGCUUGGUUUGUUAUGUUUGUUGGAAAUUUCUAUAGUGCAUGUAUUUAAAACAAACAAAAAGUUGUGACCUUAACUUAUACGGGAAGAUAGAAAUGUCAAUUUAUGAAGUCGAAAACGGUGGCCUUACCCUGAAAUGCUUGAAAUGUAAACGUUAUUUAUAAGCAAAAUCGUAUUUUGAACGGGGACUUGAAUCUCUGACAGACUGUGGAUGUGAAUAAAAUUUGCACGUGUUUUUGGGGCAAUGUAUUUUUAUACAUUUUAAUAGUGGAUGAGGAAUAAAAACCUAUUUUCUGUUAAAAUAAUAAAUUCAUUACAGGUGUAUA